AUGACCGGCGAGGUGCUGCACGACAUGCCCCCGGCGGCCGCGGUCGGCGGCGGCAGGGCGGAGAUCGACACCUCGGCGCCGUUCGAGUCGGUGCGCGAGGCCGUCGACCGCUUCGGGGGCAGCGCCGCCUGGAGCUCCCACCUCGUCCGCCGCAUCUUCGCCCACCACAAGAAAGAGGACCAGCGUGCGGUUGGGGCUGAGGACGACGAGCAGUGCGUCAGCCUGGAGGAGCAGACCGCGCAGCUGGAGAAGGAGCUCGGGGUCAAGGAGAGGGAGACGCUUGAUGUGCUCAAGGAACUGGAGUCCGCCAAGAGGGUUAUCGCGGAUUUGAAGCUCAAGAUACUCAAGAAAACAAUUGAGAUACUGCAACCUGCACAACCUGAAGAGAAGCUGCAGCCGGAGGAGGGUAACUGCUGUAUCGCUGACACUGCAGAACAUGAAGAAGAGAAGCUGUCUGAGGGAAAUGCUGAAGCUGAUGUGGAGAUGUGUGGCAGUCUCAGCGAACAAGAGAAGAAGCCUGCGGACAGCUGCUGUAUCACUAAAGUACCCACGGCAGAACCUGAACAAGCGAAGCUGUUUGCCGGAAAUGCUGCAGCUGAUGUGGAGAUGUGUGGCGGUCUCGAUGAACACUCACGGCAGCAGCACCCUGCCUCGGUUCUCAUGGAGCUUGAGCGGGCAAAAUCAAACCUCAACAGAACCACGAGCGAUCUGGCUGCCAUAAGAGCCUCCAUCGAGUCGCUGCGCAACGACAUUCUGACGGAGAAGAUCUUGGUGGAGAGACGCCGAGAGAAGGUGUCCUCUAAUGCCACAUUGGUGUCUUCUCUGGAGGAGGAGCUGGACCAGACCACACAGAGGCUGCAGACGCUCAAGGAUCUGCAGAGAAGGCGCCAAGACCCCUCGGACAUUUUCAUCGAGAUCAGGAGGAUGACGUCAGAGAUAGAACAGCUCAGGAAUGCAGCAAACGCGUCGAAAGCUGAAGCCAUGAUGCUAGCUGCCGAAAUUGAGCAGACCAAGGCCACCAUCGGCACUGCUGAAGUGAGGUGCCUUGCAGCCAAGAAGAUGGAAGAAGCAGCAAGAGCAGCUGAAGCUCUUGCGGUUGCCGAGAUCAAAGCCCUACUUAGUAGCGAAGCAUCGGCUGAAGAUCUCCAUGGCACAGAUGGAGUGAGCCUUUCAGUGGAAGAGUACUUUGAGCUGGCUUCGAAGGCUCGAGAGGCAGAUGAGACCUCAAGGAACAAGGUUGCAACUGCCAUGGUCCAUGUUGACGAAGCCAACCAAUCAAAGUCAGAGUCACUUGCAAGGCUGGAGGAGGCCAAACUGGAGGUUGAGGAAUGCAAGAAUGCACUACAGGAGGCCCUGAAGAGGGUUGAUACCGCCAACCGAGGGAAGUUUGCAGCGGAAGAGACCCUUCGCAAAGGGCGAUACGAGAGUGGACACAAGAGGCGCUCGCUCCGUGGCUCUCCCAAGUUCAAACAUGCAGCACAUCGUCAUAAAGAUUCUCAUUGCACGGAUAUUGUUGAUGUUUCAAGCAACUCCCUGAAGCCGACACUGUCGAUCGGGCAGAUACUGAGUAUGAAGCUAAUGGGGCCUGAUGGGUAUGACAAAAGCGUCUCAGACGAUACGAGCGAAACUUCCAAUGUCUCCCUUGGUCAGAUCCUGAACAGGAGGCAGGCGAUCUUGUAUAACAGUGAUACAAGUGCUAACAAGAAUUUCUCUGGAAAGAGAAAGAAGUUUGCCUUCACUGGACUUUCAGUUUUCUUGGCAAAACAAGCUAAGAGCAAGAAGAAGAGAGGAUCUGAUUAA